GAAAAGCAUGCGUAGUAAUAAGAAUAAUGUAGAGCUGUCCAUUACACUGAAACAUACGUCACAUGUCUCAUCCUUUACCAAAAGCCACCACAAACAAUUUGUCAAUAAUCAAUCAACACUCGAUUCUCUCUUUUAUUCCCCACAAAUUUUAUAUUCUCUUUGAAAAAACAAGAUAUCAAACUCUUUGCUUUCUCGAUCUCAUCUCUUCUUUACUUCAUCAAGAUCCCAGACGAAAUGGCUCAGAAGGUGGUGUUGAAGGUUUUAACCAUGACGGAUGAUAAAACCAAGCAGAAAGCCAUAGAAGCUGCAGCUGAUAUUUUCGGAGUUGAUUCGAUAGCAGCGGAUAUGAAGGAGCAAAAGUUGACUGUGAUUGGUAUGAUGGAUGCGGUUGCGGUGGUAAAGAAACUGAAGAAAGUCGGUAAAGUAGAUUUGAUAUCGGUCGGACCGGCAAAAGAGGAGAAGAAAGAAGAGAAGAAGGAAGAGAAGAAAGAGGAAAAGAAAGAGGAGAAGAAGGAAGAGAAGAAGCCAGAAGAACCUAAGAAAUAAGUAACUUAGUUGAUAAUUAUAAACCCUACGUUUUGUCAUCUUGGUUUCAUAAUCAAACCUUCCAAUCAUUGAAUAACUGAAUAUGUAUAAUUAAUUGUUAAACUGCCA